AAAAAGUUGCCUAAAAAGGACAAUUCACCAGUGUUGAGCGAAAAAGUGAAGUAUAAAGGCUCAAGAAACAAGAAAAGCAAGAGUUGCGAUAUCAGCAAUUGUAUUUGAAAUAUAACUAUUUACUAGAUAGUGUUUAAAAUCUCCACAACGUCCGAGGCGCCUCGCGCGUCAAAUGCAUUACACUGACUGUAUUGUAACGUUUAUGUUUUAACUUCACCUAACAUUUCUUCAACGGGGAUUUUAAUAUGUCGAAGGAGCCGGAUAAAACUCCUUCUGAGAGAGAAAACUCAACUUUUGUUGAUGAUGUGGACUCUGAUUCAGCGUCUUCUCCAUCAAUAUGCGACGAACAGGGAUCCCAGUCACACAAGCCGGACAGCGAGGACGAUGAGCGUUUCCCCCCGUGUAUUCGAGACGCGGUGUCGCAGGUGCUCAAAGGCUACGACUGGUCCCUGGUUCCGAUGCCUAUGCAGGGCAACAGGUCUUUGAAAGACAAGCCUCAUGUGAAGAGACCCAUGAACGCGUUUAUGGUGUGGGCUCAGGCUGCGCGCAGAAAACUGGCAGAUCAGUAUCCGCAUCUCCACAACGCAGAACUCAGCAAGACACUGGGCAAGUUGUGGAGGCUGCUUUCUGAGAGCGAAAAGAGACCUUUUGUGGAAGAGGCAGAGAGACUGCGGCUCCAGCACAAGAAAGAUUAUCCGGAUUAUAAGUACCAGCCCCGGAGGAGAAAAAGCCUGAAGCCGGAACAAAGUGAGCUGGACAAGGGAGUUGAGAAGAAUCAUCACCCUUCGGAUCAAAUAUACACGGCAGAACUGGGUAUGAGAGGCAUUCACCAUCAACCGCUCCAUGGUGUACAACCACAUGGCCCUCCCACACCGCCCACCACCCCGAAGGCCGAUCAGCACCAAGGCGCGAAACUGGAGUCCCGGCUUGCGUCAGAGAACGCGAGACAGAAUAUCGACUUUUGCAAUGUGGACAUAUCAGAGCUCAGCAGCGACGUCAUAGGCAACAUAGGCACUUUCGACGUCCGUGAGUUCGAUCAGUACCUGCCGUUAAACGGCCACACAGCGGUUAACACCGAGAACAACAGCGGGCAGCACUCCAGUUCUGGCUGUUUCAGUACAUCCUAUCAACAUCACCAUCCCCACAGUAAUGUUUCGAUGUGGAACAAGAGCUCGGGGUCACCAUCCACAUCCUCGCAUAACAGUACAAAUGAGUCAAGCCAACAAAGGCCGCUCAUUAAAACAGAACAAUUAAGUCCCUCUCAUUACGGAGAGUCUCACGGGUCACCGACCCAGUUUGAACUGGGCUCAUCCUCCAUCUCCAGCUCCCUCAGCGACUGUCCUGACCUGCAGAACUCCAGUUACUUUACUACAUUCUCCGGAUACCCAACCGGCAUUUAUCAGCAUCCAUAUUUCCAUUCGUCCAGACGACCCUAUGUGACUCCCGUUCUGAACAGUUUGUCAAGUCCUUCUCACAGUCCUGGUGAAAGCUGGGAACAGCCCAUUUACACAACUUUAACUCGGCCAUGAUGUGAUUUUUUUUGCCCUUGUGUGGGUCUGAAAUAAACCCAGCUUAGGUGUUAUUUGAGAUUGCUCGGACCUCUUCUGACACUUUAUGUGGCGUUCGAACAUACCUAAGUCCUAAAAUGCUGUCUGGGUAGGUGGCUCACUAGGUUUUGAUAUACAGCGUAUGUGUGACCCAUGUGAUCCUGGACAGUCAGAAUUUGGUCAAAUGUUGUGAGACUGUGUCUUUACAAGAUGUUUAUGGAUAAAAGUUUUAUGCUGCCAUUUCAUAGACUUUUCAGGUGGUUUUCUAGACCUUUGGUUUUUCUGUAACCAUUUUUCAACAUUGUUUUGUGUUUAUACUUUGGUCUGUAUAGAACAAUACAGUAACAGUAUAAUAUAAUAAGUAAAAGCCAACUGACAUCAAACUCUGUCAAUACAUAAUUUAAACACAAUUAUGCAUGUUCUUGCUAAUAUCCUUUUAAAUCUAAACUUAAAAUACUGUCUGAUGUUUAAAGGUUUAAGUAUAAAUGCUGUGUGUGUGUGUGUGUGUGUGUGUGUGUAUAAAUAUAUAUAUAUAUAUAUAUAUAUAUAUAAAAACCCCAAUUCUCCAAGCUGGGACAGUAUGGAUAAUGCUAAUAAAAACAAAAAGGAGUGAUUUGUAACUUUUAUUCACCCUGGGCUAUAUUGAAAGCAACACAUUAUAUGAUGUUUUACAUUGUGAAUUUAAUUGUUGAUUUAAAAAAAAAUAUAUACACAUUUCAAAUCAGAUGAUUGCAUGCGCAUAUAUAUAUAUAUCACACUGUGUGCACAAUUAUUCUGAUAUAUUAUUCUGAUCUUAUUAUUUCCUGCACAUUUUCCAACUCCAAACCAUAUAAACUUGAAUGCUUAUUGGAUUCAGUCAUUUUCAGGUGAUAUGUAUUUGUGUAAUGAGGGAGGGUGUGGCGAAUCAAGGUGUGCAUAAUUAUUAGGCAGCUUCAUUACCUCAGGUAAAAUGGGCCAAAAAUUAGAUUUAACUGACACUGAAAAGUCAAAAAUUGUAAAAUGCCUUUCAGACGGAUGCAGCACUCUUGAAAUAGCUAAACUAUUGAGGCGUGACCACCGGACAAUCAAAUGUUUUUGUUUUUGCGCAUAGUCAACUGGAGCGCAAAAAUGCAUGGAGAAGAAACGGUGUAAAUUAACUGCAAAAGACUUUAGAAGAAUUAAACCCAUUAUCCUCCAGUGCCACCAUAUUCCAGAACUGUAACCUACCUGGAGUGUCCAGAAGUACAAGAUCAAGUGCUCAGAGACAUGGCCAAGGUCAAGAAGGCUGACACAUGACCACUACUGAAUAUAUUCACAAGUUGAAGCGUCAAGAUUGGGCAAAGAAAUACCUGAAGACCGAUAUUUCAAAGGUUUUAUGGACAGAUGAAAUGAGAGUGACACUUGAUGGACCAGAUGGAUGGGCCCAUGGCUGGAUCACUAAUGGACACAGGGCACCACUUCGAGUCAGGUGCCAGCAAGGUGGAGGAGGGGUACUGGUAUGGGCUGCUAUCAUUAAGGAUGAGGUAGUUGGACCUUUUCGAGUUGAAGAUGGACUGAAACUCAACUCUCAAACCUACUGCCAGUUUCUGGAAAGUACUUUCUUCAAGCAGUGGUACAGGAAGAAGUCCUCAGCAUUCAAGAAGGCCAUGAUCUUUAUGCAGGACAAUGCUCCAUCACAUGAUUCCAAGUACUCCACUGCUCAAAGAUGCCCAAAUAAUGACUUUGCUCCCUUCCUCACCUGACUUAAAUCCUACUGAGAACUUGUGGGCCCUUCUUAAAUGUGAGAUAUAAAGUGAGGGAAGACAAUACACCUCUUUGAACAGCAUUUGGGAGGCUGUGGUUGCUGCUUCAGUGAAAGUUGAUCGUGAACAGAUAAAGAAACUGACAGACUCCAGGGAUGGAAGACUCAUGGCAGUUAUUGAAAAGGGUGGCUAUAUUGGUCACUGAAUAUUUUUGAAAGGCCAAAAAUGUUAUUUCAUUGUCAUUUUGUGUUACUUAUUUGUUGCACCUACUCUAAAAAUGUAGAAUAAACAAUUGAGUUGGGAGAAAUUCUUUUUGUAAUUUAGUUGCCUAAUAAUUGUGCACACAUAUAUAUUCCCCUGAGAAAGACAUAUGUCACUUUUUCUUGUUAAACAUUCAGGUUUGAGGUUCUGUAACAUUUUGAAUUGACUGAGAGCAUUGUGUUUGUUCAACAAUAAAAUUAAUCCCGAGGAAUACAGUUUGCCUAAUAAU